AUGACUCGCCAAAUUGUUGAUAUCACAGCGCAGUACUACUUACCGUGUUUGGGAGGCAUGCUGAUAACGAAUGCUUUGAUUGAAUCUCUGACGGACUUCUACGAAAGGAAAUUUGGCACCUAUGCCGGUUGGACUCAAGCUGUUCUAUGCGUUAACGGGGUGAAGAGACUUAUUAAAAUUUCACCAGACAGUACUAGGAUGAAGUCUACUGAACUCAGCAUCUUCAAACAAACCGAAGCAAAAUGA